AUGCCCUCGCGCUCCAGACCACCGUCCCACGUUUUCCCCGUGUUUCCCUCCAGCCUCCCGUAUACUCUAGUGCGCGAUUUUGCCUACCCGGUUGUCCACCCCAUGCACUAUGGGCCGCCAGCGGAACCGUCACAUCCUCCAUCGGAACUUGGCACGCCAGCAAGCGAGUCGCGCAGGCUAUCCGAUCCGCCUGCCGCUUGGGAAAGCAGGAAGAGCUGGGAACAGAACUCCUGGGAGACCGAUGGCUUCGGUCGGGGGGUAAACCUCCCUCCCAUGCAAUUUGGGGAUGGUCCGCCGUGGAGUGAGGACGAGGAUCUGCAGAGCCCAGUGGUCAGCUCGCGGCAUCGCAAGCACAAGUCGACUUCGGCUGCUGUCGCCCACGGACGAGGGCGGAGUUCUCGCGAUGGGCAUGGUGGUUCCGCACUCAUGGAUCCCUCGAAUUACGACCGGGAACGAGGAUACUAUGCUGGAACGAGCGGCGAUGGCAGUGAGCGCUAUUAUGUAAAUCAAGGGGGCGAGGCCAACGGCCCUGGAGGAGAAUUCGUGACCUAUCCACCCGAUCAGGCACGGCACUCGUACCAACUGGGCGAUAUGCGCCCGAGACAAUAUGCCGAACAUGACGGAUAUCGGUCCGAGUCGGAAGCUUCCAGCGCCAUGUCGUCGCCGGGCUAUUUUGAGACGGACCAGUCUCGGUACUCGAGGGAUUACCAAUUCACCAUCACCUCACCCGAUGAGGAGAUGCACGGGAAGGCUGUUGCAUUAUUCGACUUUGAAAGGGAGAACGAAAACGAGCUGCCGUUGGUCGAAGGCCAGAUUAUCUGGGUUUCAUAUCGACAUGGACAAGGAUGGCUGGUAGCGGAGGAUCCAAAGACACGGGAAAGCGGCCUGGUUCCCGAGGAAUAUGUCCGGCUUCUCCGUGACAUCGAGGGCGGCAUGAACAGUCUAGCCGGGCAUAUCGUGGAGGGAACGACGUCGCCCAACGAAGUCGGCACUCCGACCCAAGCUGACCAUGCCACAUCGUUCGAACAGGCCGCGGCUGCGACAAACACCAAUGGGUACCACCAGCCCGUUGUGUCGACUUUUUCAACGUCGAGCAAAGAUCUCGACCCUUAUCCGACGCAGCAAUUGGGCAUCCAAGCCGGGCAACCACCACCUCAGGUCAUACACUACCAUGGGCAACGAGGUGGAAGCCAAGCGAAUACACCGACACUCUCCUCGCAUCAGGAUGCCGGGCCCCUACGCCGCUCAAGCCAAGAUCGUCAGUCCAAGGACUCGGGAACCCAUGUAGUUAACCCUGACGCCGAGGCGGCGGAAGCCAAGCACGUGGACCGGUCGAGCACACCUAAGGCGACGGCGACAGCGACAAAAGCCACUACAGCACACAAUGAUAAUGACGGUACGGCAGAGGCGGCAGAAGACAUGGCCCGGUGA